UUUCACUUUGCAAAUUAAGAUCUUCCUUUUUGGGAGUUAACUAUUUGUUGUCUACUCUACUCCUUGCUGACCAGAGGAAUAUUUGACAAUGAUUGGCAUCAGAAAACUAUGACUUCAGGAACGAAUGCUUGGACCUAAUAUAAAAGUAACUGGCCUUAAAUUGAUUAGGAACCAUAGUAAGAAAACUUCAGAGAAUCUCCAUAAUCAAAUUACAUCAGAAAUUCAACCAUGUAUGGAAGUGCUCGAUCAGUUGGGAAAAUUGAGCCAAGUAGCCAGAGCCCUGGGCGUUCACCAAGGCUGCCACGUUCACCAAGAUUGGGCCAUCGUCGAACCAACAGUACAGGGGGCAGCUCUGGAAGUAGUACUGGAGGUGGAAGUGGUAAAACACUUUCAAUGGAAAAUAUCCAAUCCUUAAAUGCUGCCUAUGCCACAUCAGGCCCUAUGUAUCUAAGUGACCAUGAGAAUGUGGGUACAGACACACCUAAAAGCACCAUGACUCUUGGCCGAUCUGGGGGGCGUUUGCCUUAUGGUGUUAGGAUGACUGCUAUGGGCAGCAGCCCCAACAUUGCCAGUAGUGGGGUUGCCAGUGAUACUAUUGCAUUUGGAGAACAUCAUCUUCCUCCUGUGAGUAUGGCCUCUACAGUGCCUCAUUCACUGCGCCAAGCUAGGGACAAUACAAUAAUGGACUUGCAGACACAAUUAAAGGAAGUGCUCCGGGAAAAUGAUCUAUUGCGAAAGGAUGUAGAAGUGAAAGAAAGCAAACUUAGCUCUUCCAUGAACAGUAUCAAGACAUUCUGGAGUCCUGAGCUGAAGAAAGAAAGGGCCUUGAGGAAAGAUGAAGCAUCCAAAAUCACUAUUUGGAAAGAACAGUAUCGAGUGGUUCAGGAAGAAAAUCAGCAUAUGCAGAUGACAAUUCAAGCUCUUCAGGAUGAGCUUAGGAUCCAGAGGGACCUGAACCAGCUUUUCCAGCAAGACACCAGUAGUAGAUCCAGUGAACCAUUUGUUACAGAACUUACAGAAGAAAACUUCCAACGGCUUCAUGCAGAGCAUGAGCGUCAAGCCAAGGAACUCUUCUUGCUACGCAAAACCCUGGAAGAAAUGGAGUUGCGCAUUGAGACUCAGAAACAGACCUUAAAUGCUCGUGAUGAGUCAAUAAAAAAGUUACUGGAAAUGCUGCAAAGCAAGGGAUUGUCUGCAAAAGCCACAGAGGAAGAUCACGAGCGUACAAGAAGAUUAGCAGAGGCUGAAAUGCAUGUUCACCACCUGGAAACCUUACUAGAGCAAAAGGAAAAGGAAAACAGCUUGCUCAGAGAAGAGAUGCACCGUCGUUUUGAAAAUGCUCCUGAUUCUGCCAAGACUAAAGCUUUGCAGACUGUUAUAGAGAUGAAGGAUUCUAAGAUUUCUUCUAUGGAACGUGGACUCCGAGAUUUGGAAGAAGAAAUCCAAAUGUUGAAGUCAAAUGGUGCACUCAGCACAGAGGAACGUGAAGAAGAAAUGAAACAAAUGGAGGUGUAUCGUAGCCAUUCCAAAUUUAUGAAAAACAAGGUAGAGCAACUGAAGGAAGAGCUAAAUGCCAAAGAGGCUCAAGGGGAAGAACUGAAAAAAAGAAUGGCUGGUCUCCAGACUGAGAUUGGUCAAGUGAAACAGGAACUAUCACGGAAAGAUACAGAGUUGCUGGCUUUACAGACAAAAUUGGAAACCCUCACAAACCAAUUUUCUGAUAGCAAGCAACAUAUUGAUGUACUCAAGGAAUCCCUCACAGCAAAAGAACAGCGAGCUGCCAUCUUGCAAACAGAGGUAGAUGCUCUUCGGUUACGUCUGGAAGAGAAGGAGACAAUGCUGAAUAAAAAGACUAAGCAAAUUCAAGAGAUGGCUGAGGAGAAGGGAACUCAAGCUGGAGAGAUUCAUGAUCUUAAGGAUAUGCUUGAUGUGAAAGAACGCAAGGUUAACAUUCUUCAAAAAAAGAUUGAAAAUCUUCAGGAGCAAUUAAGAGACAAAGAGAAACAAAUGAGCAGUUUGAAAGAGAGGGUGAAAUCCCUGCAGGCUGAUACCACUAACACCGAUACCGCCUUGACCACGCUAGAGGAAGCGCUCGCAGAAAAGGAGCGUACUAUUGAGCGUCUCAAGGAGCAGCGUGACAGAGAUGAGCGAGAAAAACAAGAAGAGAUUGAUAACUAUAAAAAAGAUAUUAAAGACCUUAAAGAGAAAGUCAGCGUCUUGCAAGCAGAUCUUUCAGAGAAGGAGACUACACUCCUGGAUUUGAAGGAACAUGCCUCGUCGUUAGCAUCAUCAGGAUUGAAAAAAGACUCUAGACUGAAGACAUUAGAAAUUGCCUUGGAGCAAAAGAAGGAAGAAUGUCUGAAAUUUGAAUCUCAGUUGAAAAAG